AUGUCUGAAGAGAGUUGGGAUGGAAAUGAUGGUAUUCUCAGUGUCUACGUGAGCAAAGCUAAGGACCUACCAAAUUUAAACAAGCUGGAUAAGCAGAAUGUUUUCCUUAGACUUCGAAUAGCUCAUAUGACUAGAGUUAGUGACAUUGUGUUUAGGGCAGGUCAAACUCCUGUAUUUGAUCAUUUGGAGAAUUUCGAGAUUACACCAAGUGUUAAACCAUUAAUGUAUGUAGAAGUUUAUUGCGAUAGAAAAAAAAAAGCACCAUUGCCUAUUGGUAGGUGUGAAGUUGAUUUAUUAAAUGGUAUCAGAGCAGAUCCCAAAGAAGGUUAUUGUACUUGGUAUGAUUUGAAACGUGGAAACAAUGAAUUUGGCGGAACAAUUUUUAUAGAAUUAACUUAUAACCAAGCUAUACAACAAUACGGUAGAAGUAAAAAUGAUAAACUAAUGGAAAGUCGAGAUCAUAUCAUUGCUGCAAGACCUAUACCACCAUUACCAACUGGAAGUGGCCACAUAGAUGAUUCAUAUGAUUAUGGUAAUGAAUUUACAACUUCUGUAGGGAGCCAUCAUUCACAGCAUAACACUAAUGUUCAGGAUGGAUAUAUGCAUGCAUCUAGAAUAAGGGAAUUUACUCCAAAUUUGUCAUCCUCAAGCCAUGACAGCAGGGACAUUUUCUCUUCUAGUGAACGUUCGGGAGUUCCAAAUUUUAUGUCAUCAGUAGGAACAAAUGGGACUACUUCAUCUCAUGCAACUAAUUCAAGUACAGGUUCAACUUCUUCAGAUACAAAAUUUCAUUUUGCUAAUUUAAAGAAACUAAAAGAGAAAAUAAAUGUUUUCAAAAAUCCUACGAAUUCAUAUUAUAAAAGUGGUGAAGAGGACAAUGGUGUUGAUAUCGAAGCAUUGCAGAAGGCAAUUGGUGUGGCAUCGUUGAGUGAUAGUGAUAGUGAUGAUAGUAGUAUAAAUCAAAUACAAGGAGGAACAAGAAUUUCAACAAUGAGUUCACAGUACCAUAAUGGUGAAAAUGAUAAUAGAGGACCACUAAAUCUGCCGACUCUACCGAAAGAUCGAAUCUCUAGAGUCUCCACUGGAGUAUCUGGUUUUCACAAUAAUAACAUGCAUUCAGACUCGAGACAUAAUAAUCAUCGUCAGAACAUCGAUUACAGUGAUAAUUCUUCGCUAAGGUCAGGUUCUCCAGUGAGACAACAUUCUCCAUCGAGGCUACAUUCGCCAAUGAGAAAUUAUACAAGAGACAGGUAUCAAUCACCAGAAAGAAUUGGCUCUCCAGAGAGAAUACUCCCUUCAGGAAGACACGAUUCACCAGUUAGAAUGAGCUCACCAGCUCUUCCACCGUUACCAUCAACAUCAUUAAGGCAUGAAUCACCUUCACCAACAAGAAGACCACCACCAGGGACAUAUUAA